GCCUCCACAAGAUUGAAAUCGCGAAAAUCAAACCCCACCACACACACUCCCGAGUCCCCAACUGCAAACAAUCGCACCAGAAAUACAUUUUCGGAGCGCAAGCAUCUGCCACUUUACAAGUAAACUAUCCUACUUCACGAACUCAAACACACAGUCAAGAUGCCGCCAAAUAAGUGGGAAGACGAGGAGGACGAAGAGUCAACCCCCCCAUCCUCCCCUCCAACCAAGCCGAUCGCAUCCACUAGACGCGUCUUCGAUGACGAAGAAGGAGAGGACAGCGAUGUACUAGAUGCAUGGGACGAAGCAGAAGACUCGGAAGUUGAGCGAGAGAAAGCCAAAGCUGCUGCAGAACGACAAGCCAAAGCUGAUGCCGAAGCGGCGGCAAACAAGAAGAGCAAGGCUCAGCGCAUCGCAGAACAGAAGGCCGAGCGAGCAAGAAGGUUGGCAGAAGACAGUGAUGAGAGCAGCGAAGAAGAUGAAGCAGCUAAGCGGGAGCGACUUCGUCGCACUGAGCAGGAGUCCGAUCUGAAGCACGCUGAGGAUCUCUUUGGCAACAUCGGCAUUAGCAACUCUCGCAAAGUCACCACUGCCGCAAACGCAGUCCAAGUUGACGCCAAGGACCCAACAUCCACUGUCGACCUGACGGCUCUUCCUCUUUUUGACCCCAAGACAAAAACGCAGUUUGAGAAGCUUCGCGACACUCUUAUCCCCGUCAUUUCCAACAACUCCAAGAAAGCCCACUACGCCAUCUUCCUGCAAGAGUUUACCAAGCAGCUCGCCAAGGACCUCCCUAGUGAUCAGAUCAAGAAAAUUGCUAGCACUUUGACAACGUUGAGUAAUGAGAAGAUGAAGGAGGAGAAGGCAGCCGAAAAAGGUGGAAAGAAGAGCAAGGCUCAGAAGACAAAGGUUGCACUGGUUGCCAACAGGAACGUUUCAACCGGAGCCGAUGUCAACGCCUACGAUGACGAUUUUGGAGAUGAUGACUUUAUGUGAAAUUGCCCAACGAUCUACCGCAGUAUUCUGCUCCUACCUCCUUCCAGCACGAUCCCAAUAGCAGCGCCAACUCCGUCGGCCUUCAUUGAUACCCGGCCACAACCAAAGGAAACUCGAUAAGUGGCAAGUCCGAACCCAGAGGAUCUCCUUGCAGGCAGCUUCCCGCCAGGACCGGAUGGCAGUUUAGCACGAUUUGGGGAGGCAGACCUAGGGAAGUCGAGGUGUGGAGAUUUUUCCUUUCUUAAUAGACUGCAUUCAAAUGCGAUGCGUAGAAUGCGUGCUCUUGUUUUUACCAUGGAGAGAUUUGCUUUGAGCUCUAGUUUGACACGAGGGAGGCACAGUCGUUCGGUCUAGAAAAUAAAGUCAA